UACGAAGGAAAGUUACAACCUUUUUUCAAGGGUAGUGAAGAUCUAAAACUAGAAUGCUUAGAUUGAUGUAAGAAGCGAAAGAUUUAAAGAGGAGCUGAAAAGUAACUUUUCCAUUCAGGAAGCUUUGGGUAUAUGGAGCAAGUUGCCAGAGGAUGUGGUAGUGGUGGGUACACUUAUAAUGUUUAAAAGACAUUUGGACAGAUACAUGGAUAGGAAGGGUUUAGAAUAUGGAUCAAAUGCAGGUAAAGGGAUCAAUGGGUAUGGAGAGAAGGCAGGUACAGGAUACUGAGUUGGACGAUCAGCCAUGAUCAUAUUGAAUGGCGGUGCAGGCUCGAAGGGUCGAAUGGCCUACUCCUGCACCUAUUUUCUAUGUUUCUAUGUUUCUAUGUAUAUGGGACUAGUUCAGGAAGGCAUAUUGGAGGGCAUGGAUGAGUUGGGUCAAUGGGCCUAUUUUUUACUACAUAAAUUAAUGACACCAAGAGAUAUUUGGCAAGUGAUAUAUGCGUUGUCAAGUCUCUGAAGGAGAGCAAUAAUUUAAUGUCAGUCUGUACAGAAAGAUGGUAUCAACAGGAAGAAACACCGCAUUAAUUCAGUGAAAAAGCAAGACGCAGAGUACUGGAGUAACCCAGCGGGUCAGGCAGCGUCUGUGGAGAACAUGGGUAGGUAGUGUUAUUGGUCAGGACCGUUCUUCAGACAGGAGUGAAGUUCAGUGACUGGUGUUGUUCGAUCUGAGUAACAUAGGUAUCUGGGUUAAGGAGGGGGGAGAGGCGGUACAAAGCAGGAAACUGCUCAGCAAUCUAUUUCUCAUCAGGCGUAGCAGGAAGUGGAGUAUGAAUACGGCCAACACAGCUGAUGAGAGCACAGCGACGGUACAGCAUGGAGAAGGUUGCAGCUGCCCACCGGGCCCAGCCUGCAGCAUGGAAGCAUCUCAGCCUGUAGAUUGAUCAACGCCCGGUGGAAAGGAACUGCACUGACCAGCUGAAAGGAAACAUCUUCUUUCAAGAUGCCGGCACUGCAAAGCCUGGGGAAAGUGCAUGCUGUUGAGGGUACGGCUUGUGAGCAGCCGGCAUCGGAAGGGCCCGGCCUGAGGGUCUAUCUUUACUACGGCACCGCGGAGCAUGGCGCAACCUCCCUGGAGUUCAGCGCUGGGCGAUACACAGCCGAGGAGCUCUGCAUCUCUGCAGCACAGGCCAGCGGGAUCCUGCCGGUCUACAGCAGUCUCUUUGCCCUCGCAACUGAAGACAUCAAGGUGUGGUUUCCUCCGAGCCACAUCUUCCAGGUCGAUGGGUGCACACGACAGCUCCUUCGUUAUCGCCUCAGAUUUUUCUUCCCGAAUUGGUUUGGCCAAGGCAGCAAGAAAUCUUAUCGUUAUGGUCUUACAAAGGAAUGUGCUGGCACUGUUUUGGAUUACUCAGUCAUAGACUAUCUCUUUGCUCAGGCACGCUUCGACUUUGUCACUGGGCUCAUUAAGGUCCCGUUGGACCUACAGAUGCAGGAGGAAUGUUUGGGGAUGGCGGUACUGGACAUAAUGCGGAUAUCAAAGGAGAGGAAAUGGAGUCUGCAACAGAUCUGUGACCACAUCAGUUACAAGUCCUGCAUUCCAGCAUCUCUCCGUCAACAGAUCCAGCAGCAUAACUUCCUGACAAGAAAGAGGAUCAGAAGGAAUUUUUACAAAUUUCUGAAGAAGAUGAGCCACUGUGACACCGACCUCAGGUGUCUGAAGCUGAAAUAUCUCCUGGACAUGGAAAACCUGGAACCAAUGCCCAGUCAGGAGGUCUUUCGUGUGAAAGAUCAAUCACGGGAACAUCAAGCCAACCAGGCAUACAAAUUCAUCUGUGUCUCCGGGGAGCAUGGAGUUCAGUGGAGCACAAAAGAAGACGAGCAAUGGCAGCCCUUCUGUGACUUCCCAGAUAUUGUUGACAUCACUCUCAAGCAAGCGAGCCGAGAUAACGUCUUAGAAGAAAGUCGAAUUGUCACACUUACUAAACAAGACAACAAAGUUUUGGAGGCAGAGUUUCCCAGCCUGAGAGAGGCUCUCUCUUUCCUCGCACUUAUUGAUGGAUACUACAGACUAACGGCUGAUGCUCACCAUUACUUCUGCAAAGAAGUGGCACCGCCAAAGCUGCUGGAACACCUUGAGGACCAUUGUCAUGGGCCUAUCAUCUCUGACUUUGCCAUGUCCAAGAUAAAGAAGCAAGGAAACAGGAAAGGGCUUUACAUCCUGCGCUGUAGCCCCAAGGAUUUUGACAAGUAUUUCCUCACAGUUUGUGUUGAAACGGAAUUCGGGAAGGAUUACAAGGACUGCCUGAUUAUCAAGGGCAAGAGCUACUCUCUGGCUGGGGUCCCACGGCACUUUGAGAGUAUGAAGAGUCUGCUGAAUUACUAUCGGACCACAGGCCUUGUGUCAGAGGGUGUCAGAAUGGAGCUCAGCAUCUGCUGCCCACCCAGACUCAAAGAAAAGUCCAACUUGAUCAUCGUCCGCAAUAACUGGUCCUCGGAUCUCCUUGCCUCCCCUGCGAUGCAACGAAGAAAUGUCCAUCAGAUGAUGUUCCACAAAGUAAAGAAGGAGGAGCUGAUCUGGGGUGAAAGUCUGGGUCAAGGAUCCUUUACAAAGAUCUUCAAAGGAACUAGAGAAGGAAAUGCGGACAAUGACUUUUACCAGAUGGAAGUUUUACUGAAAGUGUUGGACUCUUCACACAGAAACUAUUCUGAGUCAUUCUUUGAGGCGGCAAGUAUCAUGAGUCAAGUUUCUCAUCAGCAUCUUAUCCUGGUUUAUGGAAUCUGUGCCGUCAAUAAUGAGAACAUCAUGGUGCAGGAGUAUGUGAAGUACGGGGCCCUGGACAUAUACCUAAAGAAGAACAGAAACAAAAGCUGCAUUAACAUUAGCUGGAAACUCGAGGUGGCAAAGCAACUUGCCUAUGCCAUGAAUUUCCUGGAGGACAAGCACAUCGUCCACGGUAACGUCUGUGCACGGAAUGUCCUGCUGACUCGAGAAGGAGAUGCGGUGGCUGGGUGUCCUCCCUUCAUCAAGCUGAGCGACCCGGGGAUCAGCAUGACUAUCCUGCCGAAAGAAGUGCGCAUUGACCGGAUCCCAUGGUUGGCUCCUGAAUACAUUGACCAAGCAACACACAUGGUUUCCGAUUCAGACAGAUGGAGCUUUGGUACAACUCUCUGGGAGAUAUUCAGUGGGGGAGACCUCCCACUCAACGGCAUGGAACCCAUGCAAAAGCUCCAGUUUUAUGAGGACCAUCUUCAGCUUCCUGCUCCCAAGUGGACAGAGUUAGCCAGCCUCAUCAAUCAGUGCAUGAACUACCAGCCUGAACUCCGACCUUCAUUCCGAGCCACCAUCAGGGAGCUCAACAGAUUAAACACCUCAGACUAUGAACGAUUGUGUGACCUGUCUCCCAGUGACCUUCCAAAUACAAAUGACUUCUGCCGCUUUUUUGCAAUGAGGAAGCAGGAAGAACCCAACUUCUUUGAAGAGAGACACCUCAAGUUCAUUUCUUUGCUGGGCAAGGGAAACUUUGGCAGUGUCGAGCUGUGCCGAUACGAUCCCCUUGGGGACAACACUGGGGACCUGGUGGCUGUGAAGAAGCUGCAACACACCACAAGAGAGCACCUUCGUGACUUUGAGCAGGAGAUCGCAGUGGUCAAGAAUCUCCACAGUGAACACAUUGUCAAAUACAAAGGAGUUUGCUACAGUGUCGGCCGCAGGAACCUGCGAUUGAUCAUGGAAUACCUGCCUCAUGGAAGUCUGCGCGAUUACGUGCAGCAGAACAGGCACAGGCUGGGUCACAAGAAGCUCCUUCUGUACGCAGCUCAGAUAUGCAAGGGAAUGGAAUACCUUGGCUCAAAACGAUACGUACACAGGGACCUGGCAGCACGGAACAUUCUGGUAGAAAGUGACACCUGUGUAAAGAUUGGUGACUUUGGACUAACCAAGAUUCUGCCUGGAGACAAGGAUUAUUAUAAGGUUCUGGAGGCAGGAGAGAGUCCAAUCUUUUGGUAUGCUAUUGAAUCUCUAUCUGACAGCAAAUUUUCCAGGGAGUCAGAUGUGUGGAGUUUUGGUGUCGUGCUUUACGAGUUGUUUACAUACGGCAGCCAUGGCAGGAGUCCACCAACGGAGUUUCAGAGAAUGAUUGGGUCGGAUAAACAGGGCCACAUGGUCUUCCAGAUCCUUGAGGUCCUGAAAACCAGUCGCCUGCCGUUACCCCAGGGAUGUCCGAGAGAGAUCUACAAUGUCAUGCUGAGGUGCUGGAACCAUAAUCCUGCUCAAAGGCCAACGUUUGUGGAGCUGCUGCACAAGAUGGAGGAAAUGCAAGCUGCUAUCUUCUGAUGGGUGCUGCUUUAGGAAAGCGUUCACUUCAGGCCCAUGCAAUGCAGCCUCACUGCGGCUUGGAAUCAACAAAAUGGUUCAAAGGAAAGUGUUUGCUUUGCAAAGCUGUUGAACUGCCUCCGCGGGCUACACCAGUGCAACCUGGAAUCUUUCAGUCACGGACUGCACGGUUCCCCAAACUGCAACUUCAAGUCAAAUCUGAUUUGGAGGAUGGCAGGUGUGGGACUUGGAAGUAAUCAUCUUUGCAUCUUCCAUGCUUUUGCAUUGCUUUCACGAAUCAGCUCAGUCACUGAGAAAGAGUAGGAAGAAACUGGAGAGCAGUAAAGGCAAUCAUAGAACUCCUCAUCUGUUGUAAAACCUUCAACCCAGUGAUGCUUUCCAGGGUUCAAAAACUGGGACUGGAAGAGCAAUAGAGCUAUGGUUGGAAAGGACAAGAGGAAAAAUGAAGUGGGUGUGUCGAGGGUGGGAAUGAGGGGAUUUCUCAUGUUACAAGCGAUAGCAACAUUGAUCAAGAAAUACAUUAUCUGUCAUUCUUCUGUUGAAAAUGGGAAAUCUCAUUAAAAUGCAAAUUGUUGGUACCAUGGGGAUCUGAUUUGUAAUAUUGUUCAUAAGCUCAAAAGACAUUG